CAUUAGCUGCUAAUAUUUUUUCGUACACUUCAGUCACUUCCGCCACCGGUUGCCAAUAAAUAAAUAAAAAAAAAAAAAAUGACUUCCACCGAAACUCGUUGCGGUCUCACCUGCAGCACCCGUCCAUCUAGCCGUGUUCUAAAGCCUCCAGGCGGUGGUCACUCCAACAUCUUUUCGGAGCCCGAAAUCGCCGUUAAUGCACCACGUCCCAAAUACAAUCAACAAAACUCUUCCAACAUGAACGCUUGCAUGAACUCGACGGAUCCCAAUAAAAAGGUCGAGAAACUACGUGAAGAGAUCGUACACUCUAAGCAAGCUCAGCCUGAGGCUGAAAGUCAGAAAGGCAAUAGGGCUGCCGCCGCCGCCACCACACCCACCGGUGGUCAAGCUAAUAGCCAGGCUGGUGGUGUCAAUGAGCCACCGCGUACGCGUGUGCCCCCAGGUGGUUUCUCCUCGGGUGGCUUUUGGUAAAGUGCCGUCGUCGCCACCAGUGGUAAAGUAAAGCAAAGUAAUGCGAUAACAGCAGCGCUAAACAAACAAAGAACAUAAAAUACACAAUAUAUAUUAAAUAUGUAAGUUAUUUGUACUCGUCGAAUGUAUCGCAUUAACAACAACCAACAAAUAAUCGCAUUUACUUCUACUAUUUGCUUGACUUGAUAACAACAACAACAACAACUAUGAAAUUGCUUAUGGCAACGGAAAAUAUAAAGUGAAUAUAAUGAAAUUCACAAAUUUCAAGUAUCUAUACUUCCUUCCUACAAUCUAUAUAUGUAUUGCCUUUGUGUGACAAGUAUAUUAUUAUUAACUUAACGACACAACAAAACACAAAAAAGCCAACUAUCCUUAAAAUAAAAGCACAGAGAGCGUUUGCGUGCGUCGGUUGGUGAUUUUUUGCAUUUUUAUACGAGUUGAAAUUUUUAAAUGAAACAAGUGAAUUUUUGUAUCUCUGACAUCGACGGUUUUUUUUUUUACUUUAAAUUCGUCUACUUUUUCAAAGUAUGUAGUAUUAUGACGCGUUUUCUUUGGCAAAUGUAGAUCAAUGUACAUAUGUAUGUGUGUAUUUAUAUUGCUGACUGCGUGCGCUUACACUCUCGGUCCUUUUGUACUUACACUUAUACUUAAUUUUAAAUUUGUAUGUAUAUUCUGUAUGUUAUAUAUACGUGAACAUACCAAUUUCUAUUAAAGAUUGGAUACUUAUUGCAUUUUUUGGAUAAACAUAAGAAAAAAAAA